ACCUUUGCAGGCCUAACUCAUUAUCAUCUGCUGGGGGUGGCGGGGCGAGCCGGGCCAUCGCGUGCUGCAGUCGGGCUGAGCUGCCGCCGAGAGAGCUGGCCGGGAUUUUUUAAUGGAGAGGUUCGUAACUUCUGAAUGUAUGUGGUUAGAAAGCUAAUAAGCGGGAAAGUAAUUUCAUGUGCGUGAUAAGGCGAGAUCUGUAGGCGGGAGACACGGCGGUCUCCGGAAGUAUAAUCACUAGCAGCAGGCAGAGAGCGUCAGGUUCGGCGGAACAACACUUCGGGCCUCAAAAGCUGUAGAUAGACUAUAGAGGAACUGAGAGUUGACUCCAGCCACCCCCAUCCCCCUCCUCCCCUUGGAAGUGAGAAGUGCCCCAGGCAGGACAACCCUCGGCCCAGGAGCUGUGAUCAUAGUUGUAGUGACACCACAGGAUGCAUGAUAAAGGGCAACUGGCCAUGGAGGACAGCCCAGCAUCCAUGCAGGUGCUUGAGGGAAACCCAGCCCAUCGUGCCAUGGUGGAACGCAGACAACUUAUGACAGAAAUGAGAACACAGAACUUUGAUGUGAUUCGUCUGGGGACCUACCGAACAGCAUGCAAGCUGCGAUUUGUGCAGAAGAAGACAAACUUGCAUCUAGUGGACAUCUGGAACAUGAUUGAGGCGUUUCGCGAGAACGGGCUGAACACGCUGGAGCUCAGCACGGAGCUGAACGUGUCGCGGGUGGAGUCCAUCGUCUCGUCCAUCAUGUACCAGCUCAACAAGCGCCUGCCGUCCACCCACCAGAUCAACGUGGACCAGUCCAUCUCCCUGCUGCUCAACUGGCUCAUGAGCGCGUACGACCCCGAGGCGCUCGCCAAGAUGUCCGUCUUCUCCAUCAAAAUGGCCCUGUCAACCAUGUGUGCGGGCAAGCUGGUGGACAAACUCAGAUAUAUCUUCUCACAGAUCUCCGACUCUCGAGGACAGCUAGUGUACCCCAAGUUUGACCAGUUCCUGCAGGAAGCCCUGGCCCUGCCGUCAGCUGUGUAUGAGGGACCCAGCUUUGGCUACAACGAGACAGCGGCCAAAUCAUGCUUUCAAUCGGCCCAGGUACAAGACCCUGAACGUGUGACCAUCAAUGACUUCCUGGACGUGAUGAUGGCAGAUCCUGGUCCCCCCUGUUUGGUGUGGCUGCCUCUCAUGCACCGGAUGGCCAACGUAGAGAAUGUGUUCCAUCCAGUUGAAUGUGCAUACUGCCAACGGGAGUCCAUGAUGGGGUUCCGGUACAAGUGCCAACGGUGUUUCAACUACCAGCUGUGUCAGAACUGUUUCUGGCGCGGCUACACCAGCGGGAACCACACCACAGACCACGAGAUGAAGGAGUAUUCAUCCUGGAAAUCCCCAGCCAAGCAGUUUGGACAUGCUCUGAAGAAGUCGUUCCGCUGCGUGCCAAAACACGCCGAGCCAAACCACCCCAGGUUCCCUGACGAGCCAGAACAGACCCUGGACCUCUCCAACAUCGUGCCACCCUCCCCACCCCCAGCUCUAGCAAAUGAGUCAGCCCUAGCCACCAGUAUCUCUUCAGAGCACACCACACCUACAAAAAGAGCCUUCCCAGUGGACACCAUGGACUCCACUACUCGGAUGGACGACGAACAUCGCCUGAUCGCCCGUUACGCAGCACGCUUGGCCGCGGAACAGAACGAGCAGAACACGACUCCUGUGGACGUGAGCCCGUUGUUACACCAGUCCCGCAGUCCCGGGACGGAACUCGCCCUGAACCUGGAUGCCAACCGGCAGCAGCGGGAACUCAUUGCGGAGCUGGAGCACAAGAACAGAGAGAUCAUGCGGGAGAUCCAGCGUCUGCGUCAGGAACAUGACGAGGCGUCUCGGGGCAUGGAUGAGUCACGGAACCCGACACUGCUGGCAGAACUCAGGCUCCUCAGGCAGAGGAAGGAUGAGCUGGAGCUGCGGAUGUCUGCCCUGCAGGAGUCCCGCCGGGAGCUGAUGGUGCAGCUGGAGGGGCUCAUGAAGCUGUUAAAGAGCCACGGCAGCUCCCCCACCCCCCGCUCCACUCCAGGGGGGUCACCCCUCACAGGUAGUGCCAAGUCGCCCCCUGCCCCUCCCCCUCGCACCACCCCCUCCACGCCGGGGUCGGACAGUCUGAGCGGGGUGGGCGGCGACGUGCGGCAGGCCUUCGGGCCGGGCCAGACCAACUCGGGGAGAAACCUGCGGAAUGACCUGCUGGUGGCAGCCGACUCUGUAACCAACGCCAUGUCAUCACUGGUCAAGGAACUCAACUCAGAAGCUGAAGACAGUGAUGAGGAGGACGACAGGCAAAACGGCUCCAUCACGGAGGCGGAGACCCUGCCUCGGGAGAAACGGGGCGCCCUGAUGGGGAAACACGGGAACGGGCGGAGUCACGGGCCGCAGGGGCAGGACGCGGACUUCCUGGGACGGACGGACGACGAGAGCGUGGAUCCCUCGGGGACUGACGAGGACAGCUACAUCAGAACCACAGACGAGGAGCGGUGGAACCGCAACACCACGGACGAUGAGAUGUUUGAGAGAGAGCGUCAGCGGGGGAUGAGACUGAGCACACAGACAGACGAGGAGAGCUACGUGCAGACUGACGACGCGGAGAGUUACAUCCGGACAGACGACGAGGACGGGGGCACCGACUGGGAGGAGACCAUGCGGCGCUGGGUGACUCGCUAGAUUACGGCAGAAGGAGGGAACGAAAGAGAUAAUGUUGGGAGGGUUUUAUAAACUUCAGCCAAACAUAAGGAUCAAAAGCCAAAGUGACAUGCCCAUAUUUAUAUUCCCACAGCAUGGAGCCUAUAUUAUUGUGUUAGAAAGAAGGCUGUAUUUUAGUUGUGCAUCAUAUUAUGAUAUACACAAGAUAACUACAUGCUGCCAUUCUUUAGCCAUCACCUCAUGUAUACAGUAUACCAGCAAAGCUUAUUUCCAAAUACCUCUCAGACUUUGCCUUAAGUUAGGAAUGCAGCUACUUUAUAUCUUGAAUAAGACCUUUCUUCUUUGCUGUAAUCAGUAGCAUGAUUAGUUCAUUACUGCCUAUUAAUUAAGCUGUUUUUAAUCACUUUUGAAUCCUUGCCUCAAGCAAAUGAUCAGCCAGAUUAUGCCACUAAAACCGUAUGUAAAACCAACAUAGAUUGGACAGAAGAUUUCCUUUGCCAAACAUGUACAUGCACUAAAAACUGGCUAAUCUGUCAGAAAUACAUUAUUUGAGUGACUGUAUUUCUUGAGAUGUCUCAUCAUACUUUUAUCCUUUCAGCAAAAUUAUAUCAUAGAUUAAUAUUUCACUCCAGGUUGAGUUAUUUUUAGUUGGAAGAUAAGAGGUAGAUGAGCUAAAGAGCAAGAGGGGUGCAUGGAGACUAUAGGAAAGUGAUUUUAUGGCGUUGCAAGAAAGGGGAGGAACAAAGUCAGGGAUGAUCUUGUGUUCGUAGGCUAUGGUGUCAGUGGUACGUCAGUACAUGUAGGUGACUGUAACACAGACCACAUUCAACGUCUUACCCAAGAAAUACUAAAUGUUUAUGUUGUAGAACCAAAGCAUAGCAUUUAUUAGUACCAAAGGCAAAGUUGUAAAGAUACUGUCAGUCAUUGAUAUUCAUUUGAUCUUAAUGCUGCUUGUGAUACAAAAUGUAGCACUGACAUUGCUGUAACCAUUUUGAAAUGUAACUUAUCCCACAUCGAGCAAGAGAUCAGUUGUUGAUACUAUAAUGAUCAGAUUGAUCUUCAGAUUCUUUUCUUACAAGGAAUAGUGGAAAAUGUCACCACUAAUGUUGAUAAUGCCUCCAAACUUCAGAAUCUUAAGUUACAGGCAGAAACCUGGUGGCUGCAGCUACUCUCACUUAGUGAUGCAUACCUGUUCACUGGACUUGGAUCCGGACUUGUGUAAGAAUGUUUAGGUUCAAGUCCAAAAAAACCUAAAAGUCAAGAACCGAGUCCGGACUCACUACCAUAAAUGACCAUUUCACAUACCCCUUUUCUUUCCAAACCACCUGAAACCUUCGGUAGAUUGCAGAAUCUGUGCUGCAAAAUGAAGAAAACAUUGCCAUCGGGCAUCGCCAAGUGUCGGCCUCCAUGUUAUGUGGCCAAAGUUUCACCCGGACAA